CUUGCCACGUUGAGGCCCCGGCCGUGGCGCGGGUGGCGGAGGAGGAGGUGGGGCUGGCUCUAAAGCCGGAUCCGGAUCCGGUACAGUGUUCUUCGGCGAGUGAGAGUCCGCUGUGCCCGGAGAGGAGCGCCGACCGCGGGGCCUCCGCUGAUCUAACUGGAACGAUGAAACCUGAUGAGACGCCGAUGUUUGAUCCUAGUCUGCUCAGGGAGGUGGACUGGAGCCAGAACACGGCUACGUUUUCUCCAGCCAUCUCUCCCACGCAUCCUGGAGAAGGCUUGGUGUUGAGGCCUCUUUGCACUGCUGACUUAAAUAGAGGGUUUUUUAAGGUACUGGGCCAGCUGACAGAGACUGGAGUUAUCAACCCGGAACAGUUUAUGAAAUCUUUUGAGCAUAUGAAGAAAUCUGGGGAUUAUUACGUUACAGUUGUAGAAGAUGUGACACUAGGACAGAUUGUUGCUACGGCAACCCUGAUAAUAGAACAUAAAUUCAUCCAUUCCUGUGCUAAGAGAGGAAGAGUGGAAGAUGUUGUGGUCAGUGACGAGUGCAGAGGGAAGCAGCUCGGCAAACUGUUAUUAUCAACCCUAACUUUGCUAAGCAAGAAAUUAAACUGUUAUAAGAUUACCCUUGAAUGUCUACCACAAAAUGUUGGUUUCUAUAAAAAGUUUGGAUAUGCAGUAUCUGAAGAGAACUACAUGUGUCGGAGGUUUCCGAAGUAAAAAUGUUAUGAAGCUGUACUCUUCAGAGAGAAAACAUUGUUGCUGCAACCCAAUGACCUCCAUAAAUACCGGACGGAAACAGGAUCUUAAUACAAGUAUAAUGACAUUUAGAGGAUUACUUGGGGCUUGUGGGCAUACUGAGUUUAGAUUACAAAUGGGAUGAUUUUUAACCGAAAGAAUAUAUUUUUAACUUGAAUCUUUUCUUGCAUUGUAUUUUUCUAAAGUCUGGCUUCAUUUCUUAGUCAAUAUGAUAAGUUGUUAAAUGUCUGGUAUCUGUACUGCUCAUUUUCAAAAAAGCUUGUGUCAGGGCUGGCCAGUGCUGUGCUGCACGGGGCUAGGCUGCUGCUCAGGAAGCCAGGCUGGAACGCUCCGAUCUCGUUUUCUGACAGUGCAGCUGGGAAGAUGGGAAAAGAUACCCAACUACUUGCUUCCCUCCACUCUCAUGGGAGACCAGGAAGCAGACUGAAAUUAAAAGAAUUUAUAUGUAUAUAGAACAUACACAAAGUCAUAAAUUUUUGUUUCAAAGAAACAUCUAAGUAUAUUUGGGGCUAUGUAAUUUCCCACAUAUUAAUUACUUGAAGUUAGAUAAAUUAGUUGUAUCUCUAAUACAUCCAAUAUUUCUUGGUCCACAUACUGGUAACAACACUGAAAUCUGACUGGCCUUUUAAAAUAAAAA